AUGUCACAAAACCCUCAAGGAUACAACAACAGCCCCACAAUUACAAAUCAAAAUGAAACCAACCCAGCAGCAAGUCACUACUCACCACCACCACAAUCAUCAUCACCAACCUCCCCCUCAAACUCAAAUGAGAGGAGAUCAGGGAGGAGGAAACCCAUAGAGCCAGGGAGGUUCCUUGGAGUGAGGAGGAGGCCAUGGGGGAGAUAUGCAGCUGAGAUAAGGGACCCCACAACAAAAGAGAGGCAUUGGCUUGGGACCUUUGACACUGCCCAUGAAGCUGCUUUGGCCUAUGAUAGAGCUGCUCUCUCCAUGAAAGGAACACAAGCCAAAACCAACUUCAUGUACACUGCCACAACCACUUCCCUCUACACUCCCUUCCACACUACUCAACCCUUGUUCACUCCACCAUUAACAGUGGCCACUCCUCCUCCUCCUACUACCACACUCCCCAUGCAGCAACCAACCAAUCACAACAUGCCAGGUAGUACUCAUCAUCAUCAACAUCAUCAACAUCAUCACAAUCAAAGUGGCCAUGAAGGCACUGUUGAAAGUGACUUCUUUUUCUCUGAUGAUACCAAGUCUGGGUACUUAAGCAGCAUAAUCCCUGAGAGUUGCCUCAUCCCCACUUCGUCGACGCGCGAUCCUCAAGGCAAAGAUACCACUGGUUGCAUCCCCCAUUCUCUAACAAGUGGGUCAGUUUUGGACUCACAUAGUUGUGGUGCAAUGGGUGCAAUGAGCUCAGAGGAGUUCCCUACAUGGGUGGAUCAUAAGCCCUUGUGGGAGUAUAACAAUGCAUGUGGGCUCCCUACAUAUACAUCAUCAAGUGAACCUGCUUGUAUGGAUGAGUCUGGCUCUUGCUUGAUGCAGGGUAAUGCUAGUUAUGGAUCAUAUCCUCAGGGUUUGGAGACAUACUCCUCGUCGUUUUCGUCUUCUUCGUCGUCGUCGUCGACCGAUUUCGUAGACUUGGGUUAUUCUCUUUUCUGA